UCAAGAUAUUCUAAGUCUCCCUUCCUCGGGGGGUUAGCGCUAAUGAUCUCGCAACGCCUGUUUUUACACUGUGCAAAGCGCCUCCAAAAUUGUGCACGAUUAGAAACCGGCAGUGCGUAACAGACGGGUCAAGUAACUGUACGUGGAAGGUGCGAAACGGAACGCCUCGCGGAGAUGUACACACGCGCGUGUGCGAAAAGUACAUAGCGUCUCGAGGCGAACCCAGGAACUGCAGUCUGUAGCGGUCGCGCCACGGGAUGCGUCUCCUACCGGUUCUCCUCGCGUGCAGUCUCAUCUGCCUGGCGAGGCCCUCGAGAUGCCCGGAGCCGAGGAAGCCGCAUUUAACGAGCUGCACGAUUUUCUACAAUUGCGUGAACCUGCCCGGCGGCGGUUACGUGUGGGUCCCGUCGAAAUGUAGCGAGGGCUUGGUAUUCCAACCGUAUUUGCGGAUAUGCGUGGUCCCCGGUGAUAUUUGGACGUGCGACACGCUCUCGACCGAGCGCGCACCCGCGCUGAUCGACUCGACGGGUACCAGCUACCUGGGGUACACGCAGGAACCCCCGGGACUCGCCGAGACGAUCGACUCGUCCUACGUGAUCGACGAUUUCUACGACUCGACGACCAAGGCGGUGACCGCCUAUCCCUUGAUCGAAUUCGAAGAAUCGGACGGGAAGACGCGCGGCGACGAAGACGCGAGGAACUCGUCGUGUCACGGGCAGGAGAACUAUCUGCACGAGUACACGAGCAGCCAGGGGCAACUACCGCUGUCCCUGGUGCAAAAGUACAAGGACGUCGUGGACAAUCAUUACAAAUGGCUCAACAGAUUGUCGCACACCUUCGAGGAGCUAUCGGCCGCGCUGUCGGCCUCUCCGUCGACGCCCGCCGGAGACGUAGAGCAAACCGUCGUCAUAUUCGCGUCUCGCGGGCGGAACGUAUCGUUCAACUAUCUUGCGCAAAGUUACGCGGAACGAGACGAGUCGCAUAACGGUGCGCCAACCGAAGCGGUGGGAAGCAGCGGCGGUCCUCAGGCGAGCAGCGUCGCGACGACGGCGGGCGGCCCGGAGCUGCUAAUCGACAGUCUGGACUCUGACAACAGCAUAAUAAGGAUUAGCGAUAAUCUCGGGAGCAAACAGUACCUCACGGUCGAGCGGUACAGGGCCGUGGCGCAUCGAUUAGCGCCGCGCGCCGUCAGCGUCGUGGCGUGCACGAGGAACGUUCGUCUGCCGAACGGGACCGACUGCAGCCGGUACUACACGUGCGAGCCGAAAACCGCCGCGGUAGUGGAGUACUUCUGCCCGCCGCACACGGCCUUCAACGUGCACUCGCGUAUCUGCGACGUCGAGAGCGCGAGGACGUGCGCGGGCGACCGGCUCCCCGCGAAGGGGACGCACGUCGAGCGCGUCGAGGACAAGAGCACGGCGAUCCUCGGCGGGGAGGAAACGCCCGAGGGGAGAGUGUGCCGGGAGCUCGGCAAGAUGAAGGAUCCCGCCUCCGAUUCUCAUUACUUCAUCUGUCACGGCGCGCCGGACUCCGAGGAUAUCAAGUCGAUCCGAAUGACCUGCCCGAACACAUUGAUAUUUUGCCAGAGCAAGAAAGUGUGCACCACCAGACGGCUGUGCGACGCACUGCCGUGAAGCCGGAGGUCUUUGCCCCUU